ACCACAGGAACCAAAAUUAAGCUAGUAGCUGUAUCUGUAGCAUAACAGCUAGGCUAUCACUAUUCAAAACAAAAGCUGUCGGGAGCACGUUAUCUUGUUUAUCGCCGAUUUCGACGUUAAUAUGGAGCUGUAGGCAGAAUUUAUAAACAAAGAAGUGGGUGAAGAAUCGGCAGACUAGCUAUAUUACCCGUCAUAUCCCACCCAAUUUGGACAAGCAUAACUGUAAGACUCCAAUCCAAAGAGUUUUGUGAAGAUACUUCGUGCCCAACACAACUUAGAAGACAUUUUGACAGUGUUGAGGAAUGGUCUGACUGCAGCAGUACCAGUAAAGAUGCACAGCCGUCUGCAGGAGUUGAAAAAGGAAGAGGAGACUCUCCUGAAAAUCAAAGUCAUGCUACAAGACCAGCUGAACAGGUUGAAGUUUGAAGAAGGGGCCUUGAAAUCUAUCAUCAGUGCUCAAACAGAAGAAGGAGCCUCUGAACGCUCUUCCCCAGAAACUGAGGUUCAUAUUAACCUUGAUGAUGAGAGCGAAAUCAAUCGAACCAAAUUGCUACUGAAUGCCGCUGUAGAUUUUGACAUGGAGGAGGAAGAGGAGGAAGAAGAUGAGGAGGAGGAAGAUGAGGAGGAGGAGGAGGAAGAAGAUGACAAUGAGCUGGAGUUUGUGCCUGAGGAAGAUGAGGAAGAGGAUAAUUACUGAGACUCUCAGUAUUUUAUGGGGUUUCAGUAUUUGCACCACUGAAGAAGAACCACACGUCUGUUUGUUUGUUCACCUGUUUAUCACUUAUGAAGUUUAAUUUAUUUGGAUGGAGUGAGUAACAGUUAGUUUCAUGAUGUGUGGUGCUUACAGUACCUUCUCCUUAGCCUGAUUGAAGGCAUGUCAUCCACAACAAACCUUGUCAGCAUUCGUGUGUCAAAAUUUUGUGAGAAAUAUCUCACUGAAAUGCAGUAAGACAGUGUUAUUAGGUGCUUUUAGCUUACUAGACAUAUUGUGCAUUUUGAGGAUUGGCAUUAUAAUGUAUGGCUGGGCCAUAUAAGAAGAUAGUGUGUAUGCAUUUGUGUAAGAGAUGAUAAUUGUAAGCACAAAAUAAAAUGUUUUGCAUAGGGUUCAUCUGACUG